AAAAAGACACAUUUACAGCAAGAUGGCUGCCACCUGUCCGACGAUUAGAUUGGGAGUGCACAGACUUAUUCGAAGAUCCCCACGGGUACUUACUGUGUGGUUUCCAUUAUCGGCUACUCAUGGGAUUGGGAGGCCAAAUGGUGUUUGCUGCCAUCUUGAGAAAUCACAAAGUAGUAUUAUUCAAAGACAUUGUUUAUUCAAGAGGUAUCUGCACACUUCAAAUGUGAGCUUUGGAGAAGUGGUACCAUUCAAGCUUUCUGACAUUGGAGAAGGCAUUGCAGAGGUUACCAUCAAAGAAUGGUAUGUUAAGGAAGGUGACACAGUAGCUCAGUUUGACAGCAUUUGUGAGGUACAAAGUGACAAAGCUUCUGUAACCAUAACAAGUCGUUUUGAUGGGGUCAUUAAGAAGAUGUACUAUGAAGUGGAUGAUAUAGCUAGUGUUGGCAAAGCCCUUGUGGACAUUGAAAUAGCUGGCCAGUCAGAUACUGGAGAUGUUGAUGUGGAUGAAGCGAGCGAGUCUAGUAGUGAUGGAAGCAGUGUUGAGUCACCAGCUCAGGUUAGUGACAGAUACAGCAAGAGAGUUAUUGCAACACCAGCCGUCAAGCGUCUUGCCAUGGAGCACAAUAUCAACAUUGCUGAUAUUGAGGGGAGUGGAAAAGAUUAUAGAGUUCUAAAGGAAGAUAUUCUAAAAUACAUUAAUAUGUCUCCUUCAACAACCUCAGAUAAAGAAGCAGAAAUCACCCAGAUGCCCAGAUCAUCAUCACCAACGCCUCCACCCACACCCAAGCUUACCUACAGUGUAGAGGAUAGAACUGAAAAAGUGAAGGGUUUCCAAAAGGCAAUGGUUAAGAGCAUGGUAGCAGCCAACUCCAUACCUCAUUUUGGUUAUUGUGAUGAGAUUGAAUUAAAUGAAUUAGUGGCGCUAAGAGAGAAACUGAAGCUGUCGGCAUCCACAGGAGGGGUCAAAUUCACAUACAUGCCUGUAUUUAUCAAGGCAGCAUCAAUGGCUUUACAGCAAUUCCCUAUCUUAAAUGCAUGGGUGGAUCAACAGUGUGAGCAUAUUACUUACAAGGGUUCGCACAAUAUAGCAGUAGCAAUGGACUCACCCUUGGGUCUCAUUGUACCUAAUAUAAAAAACGUACAAAAUCUGACUGUAUUGGAAGUUGCACAGGAAUUAAAUCGACUGAUGGAAGCAAGUGCUUCUGGGAAGUUAUCUACGACGGAUCUGAGUGAGCCAACAUUUUCCUUGUCAAAUAUUGGGGCAAUUGGUGGCACCUAUGCUAAACCAGUCCUUCUACCACCAACAGUUGCUAUCGGAGCUUUGGGCAAAAUCCAGACUUUGCCUCGCUUCAAUGAUGAUGAUCAACUCUACAAGAGCCAUGUGUUGCAGGUGAGUUGGUCCGCUGAUCAUCGUGUCAUCGACGGCGCAACUAUGGCACGUUUCUCAAAUCUGUGGAAAAGCUACCUGGAAACUCCAUCAUCUAUGAUUCUUAACAUGAAAUAAGAGCUACUUAGGAACACUACCCUCUAUGAGGUGAUGGUUGGUCUAUAUACUGGGUGUCAGUUCCUUGCAUAUACUAUACAUUGUCAUAGAAACACUGUGCCAGUGAACCACCCAAUCCUAGCACCCUGUUGUGACCUUUACGUUUGUGGUCAUUUUAUUGUGUACUGGCCAAGACUCUAACUUAUUGCAGACUCCAGUGGCGGAUCCAGGAGUUUGAAAUAUAGGGGCCCAAAGAGGGACUUUGACAGAUGCAGGGUCUAUACUACCCACCCUGGUUGGGGAUGACUUAAGAAAAUACUGUAUAUGAUUAUGGCACCACUAGAUAGCCAGAAAUGGCACUCAAAAUUUUAGUAGAAUUCCUUUUUUUCUCAAUAUUUUUUUUUAAUUUUGAAAAUUUUUCGGUAGGGGUGGGGGAGGGAACCCGCCCCUUGAAUCUGCCACUGGACUCUAGUUUGCUUAUAAUAACUCUCAAUGGAUCAUUCCUCCUAGUGCCCUUCCAUUUCAAUGUAGUGCCAUGACUGUUAAAGUCAGGCUCCGGAGGAAAAAAAUUUUUUGAUAUGUUGUAGAACUGAUUUUUCUAAGAACUUUUUUUUAAAAACCUGGGGAAAUAAGGUGUAAAAAUGGGCAGUUACACCC